ACAUUAAUAUUAUAUACCACAAUUUUUACAAAGAAUAAAAAAUUAAAAGUUACUAUUUAUUUAUUAUUUUCGUACAAUCGUAAAUCUAGUCGAUUUUGUAAACAUGAGGUUGAUACCAUUAAGUUGGCACAGUCUAGCAUGGCAUCACAGCAGAAAUUGAUUAAGCAGAAUGUGUAUAGAAUUCUAUGACAUUAAUGUAUAAAUAUGUAUGCCGUAAAAUAGAAUUAUAGUAUUGAAUAAUUUUCUUAUUUAAAAAAUUGUGACUUCAUAAAUAAUUAUUACACAAAGUUUCUUUUGUCGUACAGUAACGUUAAAAUGUUUUAUAAACAUAACCUUCAAAGGCUAGCUGAUAUCGAUAAUACGUAUUGGAUGAUUUAAUUAAAUGAAUGUGUUUAAAAAAUAAAAUUUUAUCAUAAGAAGUGAAAUGUAAAGCAGGCACAUUCAUAAAAUGGGUGAAUUAAACGUAUGUUUUCAAAUAGACACAGAUAAUCGUGAAAAUUUUCCAUCUGCGAUUACAUUUCAAACAUUUAAAAACCAACGAGACAAAUUUUAUGAGAUAUUUAGAAUAUGGGAAGAGAAUCACUUGGUACCAGGGUGGACAUUUCAAAUAGCUUUGGGAAGUAAAAUACGAACUAUGCUGACACUGCACAAUGAUGCAAUUAAUUAUUACCACUUUGCCCGAUUAUUUAAAUCACAACUUUUAAUUUCAUGUGUACAAAACAGGCAACAAGCAGAAAUAGACGAUGAAAAUAUAAGUUUUCUGAAAACUUUGAAAUGUGUUAAUCCUAAAAAGUUGGAUCAACUACAAAAACGAUUAGUAACGCCGCAACCUUCCAAAAAUCAAGUGACAGGGCCAUCUUUUCCAGGAGUACAAGAAUUCUUCAAGGAUUUUAUAUUAUUCGCUUUCAAUCCAGUUUUUUAUGUUCAUUUGGAAAAUUGUUUGGUUCAUGAAAUUAUGGAAUUGAAUGAUACUCAAUUCAACAGUAGCGAAAUAGAAGACUCAGACACAACAGUCGACGAGCAAACUCAACAAAAUUUCAUUACUUGUUUAUCUAGUUUACAACUUCUUGCAAAAGUAUUGGGUCUUCUUGUAUCAUUGCCGUACAGAUCAGAAUCGAAUAAUUUUAAGGAGUUAGUGGCAACUCAAGUAGAAGUAAGAAGUAAAGUUUUACCAACAGUAAAUUUACACCUCUGUCUUCAUAAUGCAAUAACAUGUGGAAAGUUGUCAUUAACUGUACCUUGGAUAGCAAAAUACUUGGCUAUGUUGGAUGCGGUAUCUCUUCGAUUACCAUAUUAUAAGCAAAUCUUAGAACUUUUAUAUUAUAUUUAUAAGGCUGUAAAUCAGUCUGAUUUUUUGGCACCUGAUAGUCCUAUCUCUCAACAAACAGCAAUUCUUCUAAAAUCAACUUUAGGCUGGUUAUUUGAAUUAUCAAAUUUUCCAAAGGAUUUGUAUCCUUCUUGGCAGAAGACGUAUAAAGUUAAGGAAUUGCAAAGUCUCAAACAGUUUGACAAACACUAUGCACAAAAGAAUAUGUUGUCUGGAGAGCCCAUAGUAUCUGUUACUUCUGCUAAAUAUAACUUAGACAAAUUAGAUAUUAUUAAUGAAAAGACGCUACGAAUAUGCUGCCCUUCGGCCGCUUUAAAUGCACCUGUAAUGAAUUCUAACGCAAAUUUAAAUAAUUGCAAUUCAAAUAAACACAUUACACCAGUUUCUAGUCAACUUCACAAAUCUGUCCGAGGGGCAGGUGUAAAGCAUUUAGAGUUGCAAUUAGAAGAAGCUUUCUUUCAUGGGCAACCAGCAUCUACUCGCAAAACGGUUGACUUUGUGUCUGAACGGGUUGCUUCUGCUUGCGUGAAGCAUAUAUGCAACACAUUAUUAAUGUCUUCUAGAGAAACGAACUUAAAUAACUUUCGAAAGAUUUUGAAAAAGAAGCAAAGCGAAAGGCAAUGGGAAAAAUUAGAAGAAUCGUUACUCAAUGAUGCAAUGGAUUUCAAGGCAUACAUAAUAAAUGACAUGAAUAUAUUGGCUACAAAUAUGUCUAAAGAAUUGAAGGAGCAAUGUGAAAUAUCUAUACCGACAAUUUGUGAAACACGUGUAACUAAAGCCAUAGAAUCUCUUUUGGCUGAAGAUUCUUUAAGCCCUGUGAAAGAAAUGUGCGUUAAAAUUGCUACAAGAUUAGCCACCGAACGAAUACAUCAGUGGAUACAAUCCCAUAUAGUGGGUGGCUCAUUGUUCAUAAAAGACAUGGAAGUCGAAUUAAACAGAUUCUUGAAAAACAAUAUACCAUUGCAUCCUUUCCAAGAAAAGAAACACAAUCCAAAUGCAAUCAGUCCAACGAAUAUUACCGACGACAUAAGAGAGCUUAUGUGGGAUAUACUCGACAAUGGUGGGAAAUCUCUAACGAUAACAUCUGUAUCAACUGUGUUAGAUAAUUUAUAUCAAAGUUUGAACGAAAGAGCUGAUUUAGUUGUGGGGCCAGAGAAGAUUUUAUAUUCUCUCAGUACAGAUUUUGCUUUAUUUUUAGUCGCUUAUCGAAGUGAUCUUUUCACACAAAAAGUUCAAAAAAAAUUCAUAAGAGUUUGGACAAUGGAGCGUUGGAAAGCUAUGGAAUUAGAUUCUCCUAUGCACAGAGUGUUUAGUUCUAGAAAUAUUAUGCUGCUAGCUCAACCAGAAAACGAAGAGAUUUGGCCAUUUUUUGGAAAAUUUAUUAGGAAGCUAAUAGAGAAAAACGUUUUGGACAUUGACAGUUUUAGCGAUCAAUGUGUAGCUUUAUUCAGACAAGAUUGGCCCAUGUCUAUUAUGAAGCAUUUGUCGAAGUGUUUAACAGAAGUUAUAUCAGGUUUUAAGGCAUCGGAUGAAACAACAGAAAAAGUGAAAUAUUUGUUAGGGUGGAUAGCAGAAACGUAUAACGAGAUAGAAUUUUGCAACGAUUAUAGUUCUUUAGACUGAUGUUCGUUUAUUCAUUUUUACUUUGAACUUUUUAAAGGACUCUAGUAUAUUGUAUAGACCA